CACAGCGAUAUAUCGCUACAGACAUCCCUCCCCUUUUAGUUGAGUUCAAUCAAAAAACCCUAAACAUUCCUUUAGUUAAGUGCUGAUAUAUUACAAUGGGACUUAUGGUAUCUAUCGUGAUCACCUACGCUGGUGUCCAUGAAGCUGUUGAAUGUGUUAGACACAUCCUAAGCGGUACCAUACCUGACAAUCAACCAGGCUUCGAAGAUCUUGUUGAGCACUACACAGAUCUCCUCAGAAAAUCCGCUAAAACGUCAAACAGCUGGAUCGAUUACGGCCAAGGAUACAUAUGUUUGACGGAAGAUAAGAAAGGAAGACUCCAAUCCGCCGAAGUAAAGUACUAUAAUGAAAAAUCCGAUUCUACUCCCCUGUUAUUUUCUACGAGAAUCUCUAGCUUUGGUCAAGAAUCAGUCGAAGACCACACGAUUCCAAAUGGCGAUUUCAAACCUGAAAGGUAUUCGCCAACUAGAACGAAAACUAUCCUAUCUAAUAGCUCGGAAUCUAUCAACGUUGGACAAAGCAGACGAUCGCCAACUCCUAUCAACUUGAAUCAUGUUACCGACGAAGAAACUACCAAGGAUAAAAUGACCUGGGAGUACAGUCCCCAGAGUCCGCCUCCGACACCAGAGAUCCAUUUUCAAUCAUAUGACGACGACAACGGCGGGGUGUACAACGAAGAUUUUCUCAGAUCACUUGACGGAAUUAAGUAUCGACCUUUGCAACGACACGACCCAAGCGGGAGACGCAGGAGUUUCAAAAAGCGAAGGUCGUCUUCGUCGACAUCGUCGAAAGAUUCUCGUGCGUCCCGCGAGGAAGAACUAAACAUGUUCACGUCGCUCGAAGAGGCGGAGUUCGGACGUAUGAACAAAGAAGAUAAGGUCGGCGCGUUCGGAAGCGCUCCUAAUUUAUCAGCGCGUUCUCAUUCCAGAAGUCAUUCGAGAGAAAGAAGAAACGAAAGCACGAACGUAGAAGCCUCAGUCGAGACUGCUGCAGAUGAUAACGAAGUUAAAGCUUUAGAAUACCAAAAGCUUGAAGCUUUUGAGGAAGAGCCCAAGGAAUGUAAAGAGCUUAUUUUCAGCGGUGAAUACACCAAGGCCAUGAACAAGGACUGGCAUAGCGGUCACUUCUGCUGCUGGCAGUGCGACGAGUCGCUAACUGGCCAGCGCUAUGUUCUUAGGGAUGAACACCCCUACUGCAUCAAGUGCUAUGAAAGCGUCUUCGCCAACGGCUGCGAGGAGUGCAACAAGAUCAUCGGCAUUGACUCUAAGGAUCUGUCGUACAAGGACAAGCACUGGCACGAGGCCUGCUUCUUGUGCGCCAAGUGCCGCGUCUCUCUGGUCGAUAAGCAGUUCGGCUCCAAGCUCGACAAGAUCUACUGCGGCAACUGCUACGACGCCCAGUUCGCAAGCCGCUGCGAUGGAUGCGGCGAGGUGUUCCGUGCUGGAACCAAGAAGAUGGAGUACAAGACCAGGCAGUGGCACGAGAAGUGCUUCUGCUGCGUUGUCUGCAAGAACCCGAUCGGCACGAAGAGCUUCAUCCCGCGCGAGCAGGAGAUCUACUGCGCCGGCUGCUACGAGGACAAGUUCGCCACCCGCUGCGUCAAGUGUAACAAGAUAAUCACACAAGGCGGCGUGACGUACAAGAACGAGCCGUGGCACCGCGAGUGCUUCACGUGCACGAACUGCAACACGUCGCUCGCCGGCCAGCGGUUCACUUCGCGCGACGAGAAGCCCUACUGCGCCGAGUGCUUCGGGGAACUGUUCGCCAAGCGCUGCACUUCUUGCACCAAGCCCAUCACAGGUAUCGGCGGCACCCGCUUCAUCUCGUUCGAAGACAGACACUGGCACAACGACUGCUUCAUCUGCGCGCAGUGCAAGACCUCGCUCGUCGGCAAGGGCUUCAUCACCGACGGACAGGACAUCAUCUGUCCCGAGUGCGCCAAGCAGAAGCUCAUGUAAAUACACCUGUCUCGCUUCAACGCUUCCGCUCUCGCAUCGCUCCAUCCCUCACACGCAAUACAAUUUAUAUAUGACAAAUGUUUUUGUGAUGUGCAGCGAACAUACCAUACUACCGGUAGUCGCUAACGCCCGAGACUGGUGCGCGUUCAGAAAGCAGGACACCUCGAGCGAAAAGAUUUACGACAUCACUGACAAAUUUAACUUUCGCAAGGGCAGGGCCAACGUUAGUACGGUGCCCAAAUAACGAUAUUUUUUUUAUUUAAUAAAAAUAAAAAAUACACGAAAAAUCACAAAAAAAUAAUUAAUUAAAGUGAAUGCACAAAAUUGAUUUAAUUUGCUUUUCUAUUGAAUUUAUUAUCUAUAUAAUAUAUUUAUAUAGACUGUUAUCACUCAGAUAUUGACACUAAUAGUCGAAUUUAAUACGUAUAAUCUGUAUUUAUUUUAUGUAUGUAUCGAUGUGCUAACCGCCACGUUAUUUCGCUUUGGCUGUUGUAUUUAGUCCUAGAUCUAUAUUGCGGCGCUGGAUUCACACGAUGCCUUAAUAACAUAUCUAAGUCAAUUUCGAAAUUAUUAUGUUUUAAUAUAAUUCGUACCACCUUAAUAAAUGUGAAUGUUGUGCCUCUAAAUCUUGCCUUCCUUUCUAUCAAUUCGAAAAACGAAGUGACAGAAAAGGACAUUCGAUUUUAACAACAUUAUAAUGUAAGAAGGCAUCUUGGCUGGUGUUGCCAGAUCUAAAUUUUAUUGUUCAUCAUUUAUAAUCGAACUUAGUAAGUGCUUGUCAUAUUGUAACAUAGUGUGUAAGGAAUAUAUUGACAAAGUAUUAAUAUACUUGUUAUAUUUUAAGUAUUUAUUUAUAUACGGGAGUACGCACUUUUUAUUCGAAGAGACGCCGAUGGCGUUGCUGUGUCACAUGUUAUUUAAAAAAUGAGAUUUUAGAUGUAAUGUUGCCAUAUACGCCAUCGGAAGGUCGCCAUCUAACACAGUAAUUGUAAGUGACAUCUAGUUUUACUAAUAAAAUUAAAAAAUAUAAUAUUUUUGUUCUCGAAUAAGUAAUAAACUUGUUACGAUAUAAUUGAAUGUUAUCAAUAUUUUUACAAUGUUAAAUAAUAUUAUUAGGGUGUAGAAUCUUACAAUAAGUGAGUAACAUCUGUGUUAAAGAAUAUCACUAGCUGGAUUGAGUCAACAACUAAAAUGUUUGGGGAACACUUUAUAAAGGUUACAUAGUAAGGUUUUAAAUUAUUCGAAAUGUUGAACUAUUAAUUUAUAAUGAUAACUGCUUACAUGUGUGAUCUGAUCUAAUUAAAUACUUGUAUCUACCCAUAGAUUGUAAACUGUGAAACUGAAAUAAAUUAUCAAAAAUAAAA